CGGCGCGGGGCGGGCCGCGGCCGUUAGGGGCGGGGCGCGCGCCUGCUCCGCCCGCCGCUCCGUCCGCCGCCAGCGCCAUGAAGGUGAAGAUCAAGUGCUGGAACGGGGUGGCCACGUGGCUGUGGGUGGCCAACGACGAGAACUGCGGCAUCUGCCGGAUGGCAUUCAACGGCUGCUGCCCGGACUGCAAGGUGCCCGGGGACGACUGCCCGCUGGUGUGGGGCCAGUGCUCCCACUGCUUCCAUAUGCACUGCAUCCUCAAGUGGCUCAACGCGCAGCAGGUCCAGCAGCACUGUCCCAUGUGCCGCCAGGAGUGGAAGUUCAAGGAGUGAGCCCGGCCAGCUGCCACAGCCUUCACGCGCCGGGACCCAAUAAAGCACUCCACACCACCAACGCUCGUCUCAUCUGUGCUGAU